AUGGGUUCGGGGAAAGCCAAGGGAUCUCCAGAAUAUUGGGUAUCCAUGGUCAAACCAGGUCGAAUACUUUAUGAAAUAAGUGGAGUAUCAGAGACUAUAGCUAGAGCAGCUUUUCAAAUCGUUGCGUAUAAAAUGCCUAUACAUACUAAAUUUAUUACUAGUUUGAGAAAUAUGAUUCAGUCCCAAACUUACUUGAAUGUAGCAGACAACAGUGGAGCCCGAAAAUUAAUGUGUAUUCGAGUGCUAGGAGCAGGUAAUCGUAACAUCGCUAAUAUCGGCGAUAUUAUCAUCGCUAUAAUUAAAGAAGUAGCACCUAAUAUGCCUCUGGAAGAAUCAGAGGUAGUUAGAGCCGUAGUUAUACGUACGUGUAAAGAACUUAAAAGUAGUGAUGGAAUGAUAAUACGAUCUGAUGACAAUGCAGCAGUUGUCAUUGAUCAGAAAGGAAAUCCAAGAGGAACUCGAGUUUUUGGUUUAGUUAUUGAGGAAUUAAGAGAAUUGAAUUUCACCAAAAUAAUCUCAUUGGCUCCUGAAGUAUUAUAA